ACAUAUGUCAGAAACAGCCGUUUACCGUUUGUAUUUUGGUGUGUUUGUGUUUAUGUUUUUCCUUUAUUCAACAAACGUGUUGAUUUGUAAUUUCCACUUGUAGUAUUGACAGAAUAAUUAUUCGAAAUCAAGAUGAUGUACACUAUGGAUGAUGACGAAUUAAUCAUUAACGUAAUUAUCGAGAAUCAAGCCUACUAUGUUCUUCGUGGAAAAACUUUUUGGAAAGAUUUGGCCCAAGAGGAAACCUUUAGGGAUAGGACGUUGGAAGGAUUGAAGACCCGUUUUUUCCGGUACAUUCAUCCAAACAUUCAAAAAUACCACAACAUCAGUUUGUUGGAAAGAAGGAAAAUUGAAGUGGCAUUGCACCAAACCAAACAGAAUUUUGCCUAUGAAACGGAAGAAGGCCUUUCAUCUGACAGUUCUUCAGACGAUUAAUAUAUUAUAAAAUAUUUAAUGCUUAGUUAAGUUGUUUAUUGUACUUGUUAAUAUUUUACUUGUUUUUUAUAUAUUUAUAUUCUCA